AUGCGUAGAUCAAGCUCUAGCUCUCACUCCUGGCAGUCUGCCCUGCAGAAGGUAUUCCGCAGACGCUCAUCCGAGUCGAAGGGUAAACAACCUGCUUUGGAUGAUGAUUUCAAAAUCGGUGAACACAAGGACGGCUUCUACAAGUACUCCCAAGAGGUGCUGGAAAAGAAAAACAGAAAGUUCGAACCUCCCACGAUGCGUGCUCUGGACAGUGCUGAAGUUUAUGACAUGCGUGCUUAUAGCACUGUCAGUAGCACUGUCAGAGUUUCUCGCGUGCGUGGUUCAGACAGUACCGAAACUUCUUACGCUUCAGCUCAGAUGCCACCCAACGAGAUCCCCACUCUUCCUUAUACCAUAGGAUCAUCUGAAUGGCGUUCUUUCGCUUCCCGUGAGCAGCUUCUUGACAAUCCUUGCGGCGGGACGACUGCAGAGAGAAUCGGCAGUGCCAUCAGCAUCUUUUCCAAGGUUUACACCAUUGCCAAGAUCUUUGCUUGGGCGGUCAGGAUGUAUGGUGUAGAGUUAGACGACACUCCUGGCGAUUUUCUGGCUCGCCUCAGGGACGCCGAAGCGGCUGUGAAAACAGAGUCUCUUGUUGAACUCAUCGAUGUCACCGAAAAGCUUUAUUAUUCUCUGUAUGCGAGACUGGUUAUGGAGAUCGCCAACGUUGAGCUCUGUAGUCACUUCGACCUUAACCUGCGCCGCAUGCUCGUUAAGGAAACGUUCACCCUUCCUGAAACUAGUCAUCUCCGCGACAUAUUCAUAACAUUCAAGGAUAUCCUGGAUGCCCCAGAAAUUUGCAGUGGCCUUGAUUACGACCUUGUUAAACAGCACCAGGAUUCGAUCAUUCGCAAUGCUACCGACAAGCUUGCCAUCACCGGCUUCUCUGCGCACGAUCUUAUCGGUUAUCGUACAUCCACCUUAAAGAUUGUCUCCGACGAGACUCAUCCGUUCGUUCUCAAGUGGAGAGGUCUCGUUUACCUGUAUCAGAUGCCAGGCGUUGAAACCAUCACCGCGAUGUCGGAGAAGUACCUGACUAUCAUGCCGCAGGUCUCGGCUACCGAAGACUUUCCAGCGAUUGAACUUCCUUUUAUCGACCGCGAUUCAAUUCAGCCAGAGAUUUGGCAGCGCGAGAACGUCCUCGACAACCGUCAGGCGACCUUAGCGAAGCUCGAGGGCAGGAGCGUCGGAGACAUGAGACGUGACGACAGCAGACGCCGCCUUCUUGAUUUCGUCAAAGAGAAGAAAUGCAUCUGCCGUUCAUCUUGCAGUUGCGCGACAGACUGCACAAUGGACGUCGUGCUGCCCUGCCCUUGCUCUGAGCGCAUCUUGUGCAUCGCGCAGGCCAAGCGCUAUGAGCGUGCUGGCGAGCAGGACUUCGGCCCCAGAUGCGGCAGCCUGGCGAGAGCCUUCUUUGAAGGGCUGGCGAUGGUCGGUCGCGAAGUUGCUCACUAUGAGCUCGUCGCGGAGCUGCACCGCGCCAUGCAACUGUUCGAAGAAUUAGUGGGCAAGCAGCGCCAGGCCGCCGCCACGGGCACUCGACUCGCGUGA